AGAUGUUCGUUUCCGUGUCACUUGCAGAUUUGGAGGAUAAACUCUGAACAUAACGUGAUCUACGUUGAAGGCUGUGCUGUUCCCGGGCCAACAAAUGGUUACGUGCUCAUCCACGAUUCCAUUCUGAACCACAGGAGACUGGGAUCAGAAACAAACAAGGACAAAUCAGCACUGGAAACCCCUCCACCUUUCCCCACAUUCUACCCAGACGACCAAGAAGAAAAGGGAAAAGAAAGUUUUGCCAAGGGCCUCCACUCGUUUUCGGAGCCAACGAUCAAUUUUGCGCAAAAUUAAUUUCCCAAUUUCUAGUGCUAUUUUCUCGUCGCCGGCGAUGGGAAGAAAAUUAUUGUUGUGUUCUUACACGGAUUAAAUCCUUAUUCGUGGUUU